AUGGCUUUUACAGCACUCAACAACCGCCCGUCAGCACCCGUCGUGCCUGUACAAGCCCCUGCGCCAGUGUCAGAACCGGCCCCGGCUUCGGUACCGACACGUGCGCCGCAUCCCCAAGAAAUCGAUGUCGCCUUUGCUAGUAAUCACGAGCUGCGGAAGCGCGUACACGCCGCCAUAGAUCAAUAUCCAGCACAAAGUACAUUGUUUCGCGACAUUUCAACAUAUAUCCUCAAUCAAACCUCGCAACCUGCCGCUGAACCAGCGACUAAGAAGCGCAAGAUUGAGGAGAGCAACAGCGUGCAGAAGGCCCCAUCCGCAACUGGGGGCAGCCUCACAAGUGCUGCAACCCCAGCAUUCAAGACAUACGCUAGUGUUAGCUUCUCGAUACCGCAGCGCAAGAAAUUCACCCUCGAGUUACUGGACAAGAAGGACGGUGGCAUACGGGCGAUUGGUGCGAGCGGAAAUGUCGAGUUUUCAAUUGCGUGGAAAGAUGUUGACCAGGUUUUCUGCCUGCCUAUUCCUGAAAAGGCGAAGAAGCAGCACAACUUUGUCAUUAUACCACUACAUGGAGACGGUGUUGCCCCCAUACCUGAAGAGCUAAAAGCCUCACCGCCAGAGCCAAUCGUGUGGACGUUUGAGGAAGCUACGGGAAAGAACAUUGUAGAAGGCGAGGACCCAGGGCCAACUGCAAUGGCCGACGCAAUACACCACUGCCUGAUACAAGCAGGCACAGGAAAGCAUGUCGUCUUUCCCGAUUCAGAUGAAUUCGCAAGCGCGAUCCCGGAGAGCCAUAGAAAGGGCGAGAAGGCAUACCACGUAAAGGCACACCGAGGAAGUAAAGAAGGCUAUCUGUUCUUCACCUCUGUGGGUAUUCUCAACGGCUUUAAAAAGCCCCUCGCCUUCUUCGACUUCGCCGCCAUAACCAGCAUAUCCUACACCGCCGUCCUUCGCAAUACGUUCAAUCUCGUCAUCACCACACCCACCGGUGAUAUCGAAUUCGGUAUGCUUGACCAAGCAGACUUUGCCGGCAUAAAUGAAUAUGUGCAGAAGCACGGUCUUCAGGAUGCUAGUUUGGCAGCCGACCGACGUGCUAAGAAGCUUAAUGUGAACAAGAUUGGCGGCAAGAAGGACGCUGCCAAUACCGCUGAGGCUGAAGGGGCUGCGGAAGAAGAGGAGAGCGAGUUACAAAAGGCAGAGAGGGAAUUACAGGAACAGGAAGACGACGAAGAAGAGGAUGACGAUUUUGAUCCAGGGAGUGAGGGCGAGAGCGAGGGAUCGGGAUCGGACAGUGAGGACGAUGAAGAAGGUGAGGGGUAUGAGGAGGGCGAUACUGCAGAGAUUGAGCCUGACGAGGUGGACCAUGAUGAGAUGCAACACUAG